CAGUCAAGGUUGAUUAUUGUCGAAUUGGCAACAUGACAUUCUUGAACCAAAAUACGUUGAUUUUCGUUUGUGAAUAAGUCGUCUGAUGCUUGGCGACCGGCUGUAAAAGAGCACAGAUCGGGUUCUCUGAUGGCGGGAAAUGUUGGCUCACCGCCGGCCGAGUGCCCCUCGUGUGCUGCCGGUGGAAUUCGUUCGUCAGUGAAGCUCUACCAGAUAAAUCUAGAGCAAGCUGCUGUCUUCUGUGAAAAUGCUUCUUGCCCCUUUCCAUUGUUUUCCCAGGAUGUCUGCCCGUUAGUGGUAUCGCAUGCAGCAGCUCCUGGGCCAGCUGCAAACUCUAAAUUCAAAACAAGGAGUAUGGAUACAGAGUCCAUGACAUCAACAUGCUCAGUUUCAUCUUGGACAUCACAUGCUAGUACUUUGAGCAGUGUUUCAAGUAAUGUAGCCACCCCACCUCCAUCCAUCAGCAGCAAACCUUUCAUCUGGCCAUCAAAUCAAUAUUCAGUUUACCAACCUAAAGCCAUGGCUCCAAAGCAAAAAAAUGUUUUUGAUUGGAUAACCCCAAUCUCAUCAUCUCAAUCAAGCCCAGCAUCUUCUGUCAUUAGUUUCAAUGACAAAGAAGUUGAGAUGGUGAUGGGCAAGUCAGCAAAUUUAACACCUAAUUCUGGACUGCCUCCUAGUCCUAGCCCUACUCUGUCGGACAUUUUGGAUGCUGUAGGAAAUCAGCCAUCAGAAAGUAAUGACUCAUACUUUGAGUCAUUGUGUUCUUUUUUGGAUGAAGGUACAGAAGCUCCAACACCUUCAUACAGCUCUCCCUUAACUGAAGAAACGACCCUUAUGACAACUGAGUUUAUCGAUGUUCAGCAAGCUGCAGAACCGAUAGCCCUACAAUUUCCGGAAGCUUCAACACCAGUCCGUCAGUCAACUAAAAGGGUGGUGGAUGACAAUGGUUCAAAUGAAUCUGGAUCUAAACUGACUAAAUCAUCGAAUUCGACUCCUGAAUCCAUAGCUGCAUGGCGAAACAUCGAACUUCCUCUUAAAAAAUCGUCCGUGCGAGAGAAGAAACCUCGAACGUCUGCAGUAGCGAAAACCCGAGUCAGUCGUAGCGCCUCAAGUUCAAACGAAAGCAUGCCCCCUUCAACGCCCAUCCCACAACCACUAGUCCCCCAAUCCACGAUCGCUGUUGAACUAAACGAUGAAGGAAACCAUGUUUUCACCAUUCAUCCGGUCACUCGUGCUCCAUCAGUAACACCCAAACCACGGUCUUCUGCAAAAACUGUCAAAGCCACUGCUAGUGCUGUUCGUCCUAGUAAAACUAGUAAACCCUCCAAAGCCGCCACUGCAAAACCUGCCGAACCUGCCGAACCUAAAAGAAGUAGUAAAAAGAAAGACCCAUUUUGUGUCCAGUCUUUGGUGGAAAAGUUUAUUGAGGCAGCAAAAAAUAAAAAACUUGCUAGUCCCAAAAAUCCAUGAUUUGGGAAAAAUAAAAACACGGUUUGGAACGUCA